UCUUUCCAUCAAUGCCGUCGUAUACUGUGACCGUCGCCACGGGGAGCCAGUGGUUUGCGGGGACGGAUGACUACAUCUACAUAACACUGGUUGGUACUGAGAGAUGCAGCGAGAAGACUCUGCUGGACAAGCCUCUGUAUAAUGAUUUUGAGAGGGGUGCGGUGGAUUCCUACCUGGUGAGGGUGGAUGAGAACUUGGGUGAGCUUGCGUUGGUGAAGCUGGAGAAGAGGAAGUACUGGGUGCAUGACGACUGGUACUGCAGCAACAUCUCAGUGAAGACUCCCGGCGGAGACAUCGUGGAGUUCCCGUGCUACCGCUGGCUGGUAGACGACAAGGAAGUGGUGCUGCGGGAUGGCCGAGCUCGCCUGCCUCAGGAUGAUAACACGAGUCUCGUCAAGCAGCACAGGAAAACCGAACUGGAAAUGCGGCAAAAACUUUUCAGAUGGACGGAGUGGCGACCCGGCAUUCCCAUGAGCAUAGAUGCUAACAGACACCAGGACUUGCCUCGGGACAUCCAGUUUGACAGUGAGAAGGGAGUCGAUUUCGUACUGAACUACAGCAAAGCAAUCGAGAACCUGUUUGUGAACCACUUCAUGCACAUGUUCCAGACUUCCUGGAGCGACUUUGGCGAUUUUGGGAAGAUCUUUAUGAGAAUUAAAAAUACAAUCUCAGAGUACGUGAUGCAACAUUGGCAAGAGGAUUUCAUGUUCGGCUACCAAUUCCUCAACGGCUGCAAUCCUGUCGUCAUCCAAAAGAUCUCCAAACUUCCUGACAAGUUUCCUGUCACCGAUGAAAUGGUCGCAGUUAGUCUGGAGAGACACUUGACUCUUGAAGACGAAGUUAAGGCGGGGAACAUCUACAUGGUGGACUACGAAGUGUUAGACGGUAUCAGACCCAACUGCACGGAUCCGUGUACGCUGCAAUACUUGGCGGCUCCCAUCUGUCUUCUGUACAAGAACACAGACAACAAAAUCCUUCCGAUCGCCAUACAGUUGGGUCAGACUCCCGGCGAGGACUACCCCAUCUUCCUGCCCACGGACAGUCCACACGAUUGGCUCCUGGCAAAGAUCUGGGUGCGCUCGGCCGAUUUCCAACACCACCAGACGGUCACGCACCUGCUCAGGACGCAUCUGAUCUCAGAGAUGUUUGCUGUCGCCAUGUUCAGGCAUCUCCCCGCCGUCCACCCAGUCUAUAAGCUACUUAUUCCCCACAUCCGAUUCACCAUCGCCAUCAACACCAAAGCGAGAGAACAGCUCAUCUGCGAGUGUGGUAUCUUUGACAAGGCAAAUGCCACCGGCGGAGGCGGUCACGUGCAGCUGGUUCGGAAGGCCACGAAAGCCCUGACCUUCAGGUCUCUCUGCUUUCCCGACAUGAUCAAAUCUCGUGGGGUAGACAGCAAGCAAGAGCUGCCCACUUACUUCUACAGAGACGACGGCUACAAAGUGUGGGAAGCCACCAAGAGCUUUGUAUCAGACGUGGUCACCAUUUACUACAGCAGCAACGAGAAGGUGCAGGAAGAUGAGGAAAUCCAGGCCUUUGCGAAAGACGUGUGCACUUUCGGCAUGCAGGACUUUGACUCGUGCGGGUUCCCCAAGGCGUUGAAAUCUCGCGAGGAGCUCAUCGAGUACUUGACCGUCAUCGUGUUCACCGCGUCGGCUCAACACGCGGCCGUCAAUUUCGGACAGUACGACUGGUGUUCGUGGAUUCCCAACGCUCCGUCCACCAUGCGGCGGCCUCCCCCCACACGGAAGGGUUUGGCCAACAUCACCCUGAUCAUGGACAGCCUUCCGGACCGAGGACGCUCCAGCUGGCACCUGGGGGCCGUCUGGGCCCUCAGCCAGUAUCAGGAAAAUGAGCUCUACUUGGGAAUGUACCCAGACGAGCACUUCAUCGAGAAGCCGGUGAAGAUGGCCAUGGAGAAAUUCAGGAAGAGCCUGGCAGAGAUCAGCAGCGCCAUCAAGACCAGGAACCAGGGAAAGAAACUGCCCUACUACAACAUGUCCCCCGAUCAAAUCCCCAACAGUGUCGCUGUCUGAGGGACGGACGUGCUUGUUUAUAUUGUGUCCAAACAUUUGCUCAUUGUCAGAAAUGCAAAGAAUAAAAUGACAAACUUACCUUUAAA